GCUGCCCCGGAGCAAUAUCAAAGCUCCGGCCUGUCGCCAAACCCCCGGGAUCGUCUGUUUUGAUAUUAAACGGAUGAUGUUCGGUCUCGUAAUCACUUUUUUUUGGUCUUGGCCUAGUCGGUAACUCGGGCCGAGUCCCUUUUCAAUUUUUUUUUUAAAAAAUUCGGGGUCUGGUCUGGGCUGAUAUAAAUGCGACGACAUAACCACCCCUUCGAAUGCCCGAAGCUUAGAUCAAAAACACCAUUCCCAUCUUCCGCGACAAUGGAGGACAAGUCGCCUCAAGCUCAAUCGCUCGAGAUUGAGCACCCAUACCUCGAAUUCGACACUCCAUUACCUACACCGUUUAUUACGCUCCCUCCGGAACCUAGUCAAUCGCCGCCGCCCGAAGCUCCUAAGCUCGAGAAAUACACAUCCCCGUUUAAAUGGCCGAAAUGGCGCAAGAAUAUAAUGACUUGGAUAUCAUGCGCAGUAACAAUGCUGGCAGGUUUGUCGGCGGGUGAGGUCAGUCCGGCGGGAUCGAUACUGGCCGAUAAGUGGAACAUUAGUGUGGUUGUCGCGAACCUGUCCAUUACCAUAUUCUGUAUUGGAUUUGCGCUGGCGCCCAUGGUUCUGGCUCCUUUGUCGGAGUUUGAGGGACGGAGACCUAUUUUCCUUGCUAGUGGUGUCCUCUUUGUCGCAAGCCUUAUUGCCAGUGGGGGAACACAUACAUUUGCAGGACUAUGCGUCGCUAGGUUUUUACAGGGCGUCGGAGCUUCGACCUUUUCGACCAUGGUCGGAGGCGUGAUUAGCGACAUCUUCCACGCGGAAGAACGCAACACGCCAAUGGUUUUGUUCUCAGCAGCAGCGCUUUUCGGAACCGGUCUGGCACCGCUUCUGUCUGGAGCGGUUGUCUACCACACGACCUGGCGCUGGAUUUUCUACUCGCAUGCCAUUUUCUCGGCUGCCGUUGUCGUCGUGAUGUACUUCUGCUUCAGCGAGACACGAGGAGAUGUUAUCCUGAGAUGGAAAGCGCAGGCGUUGAACACGUACUAUGAGAAACUCGAGGAAGCCGGUCACUAUGGAGUUAUCUUCGGCGGCGGUGACGGUUCAGAGAAGAUCAGGCGUAUCCGGUGGAAAGUCAAGAGUGACGAGAACCGGGCGUCUUUCGUUGACAUGAUCAGUCAAUCUUGCUACCGGCCUUUUCAUAUGCUUUUUACGGAGCCUGUCGUCUUUGCUUUCUCGGUCUGGAUCUCGUUCAGCUGGGCUGUCCUCUACCUCCAAUUCGGCUCGAUCCCUGUCGUGUUCGAAACCAACCAUGGUAUGAACAUUGAGCAGGUGGGAGCUAUUUUUACCUCCAUGUGCGCCGGUGUAAUCGUCGCGACCUUCCUUAGCAUCGGUCAAGACAAGAUCGCCUCGCGAUACAAACUCCUCCCUCAAACCGCCGAAGCAAGACUCUACUUCGCCUGCGUCGAAUCCGCCCUAAUGCCUAUCGGCCUCUUCUGGUUCGGCUGGACAUCCUACCCUUCGAUCCCGUUUAUUGUUCCCGCAUUGGCAGUCGGAUGCGCAACCAUGGGUAUCUUCUCCAUUUACUUGGCUGUCUUCAACUACCUGGCCGAUACCUAUCACCGUUACGCGAGCUCAGCCAUCGCGGCGCAAUCAUGCUGCCGGAAUCUUCUUGGUGGUGUCUUCCCAUUGGUUACUCGGCAAUUAUUCACCAAUCUGGGCUAUCCCCAGGCGUCUAGUCUUCUAGGUGGAAUUGGCGCUGGGUUGACUCUGGUCCCAUGGGUCCUUGUGUUUUUCGGUCCUCAGAUCCGCGCAAGGAGUAAAUUGGCGAGUGAACUCGCCAAGUAAAUUCGAUAAUAAUUUCUGGUUAUUCGUUGCAUAAAAGUUAAAACAGGAGGAGUGGGACAUAUACAUAGACAUAGACGUGUGCAUAUUCGGCGUAUAUAAUAUAGUAGAUAGAUUUAGAUCUUGCAUGCCCAACUAUGAUAAUAGAAGCCGGUUAUACCCAGGGA